AUGAUAUCUCAAUUAUUUGUUAUAUGUUUUCAUUUAUUUGGAUUUCUUCUUUUAAUGCAAGGACUUUUUCCAUAUUCAUCAUCAAUAAAUAAUAUUAACAAUCGAUCUUGUUUUGAUUCUCAAGAAUCAUCUAAACAUCAUGUGAUAAUUAUGUUAAUAGACGCACUUCGUGCUGAUUAUGUGUUCAAUAAAAAUCAUUCGUAUGUUUUAAAAUCUAUUGAAAAAUUCGAAGAAAAAGGAAAAGUUUUAUCGUAUAAAUUACGUAGUCAUAGUCCAACAGUAACAUUACCUCGAUUAAAAGCAUUAUUAACAGGUACAAUACCUUCAUUUUGGGAUAUUAUUUUUAAUUAUAAUUCAAGUAAACUUGAAUUAGAUAAUUUAUUAUUUCAAUAUAAAAGAAAAUAUCCUGAAAAUAAAAUAAUUUUUUAUGGUGAUGAUACUUGGAUUAAAUUAUUUCCAAAUGAUAUAUUUUAUCGAUCAAAAGGUCUUCAAUCAUUUUUUGUUACAGAUUUUAAAGAGAUUGAUUUGAAUGUAACUGAUGGUCUUUAUGAAGAAUUAAAUCGAAUGAAUGAUUGGAAUUUAUUAAUCGUUCAUUAUUUAGGUCUUGAUCAUAUUGGUCAUGCAUAUGGAGCAUUCAAUUCUUUUAUUCAAGAUAAAUUAAUUGAAUACGAUCAAAUAAUUGAAAAUAUUUUAUUAAAAAUGACAAAAAAUGAUAUAUUAAUAAUAACAGGUGAUCAUGGAAUGGCUGAUAAAGGUGGACAUGGUGGAUCAUCAUAUGCUGAAACAUAUGUUCCAGCUAUUUUUAUUUCUCAUCAAUUUAAAGAAACAAAAUAUUCCAAUUCAAUGAAUGAAGAAUAUCUUCAAAUUGAUUUAACACCAACAUUAAGUGCUUUACUUGAAAUAUCAAUUCCAUCCAACAAUCUUGGAAUAUUAAUUGAAAAUAUUUUAGAAAAAUUUUAUCAAAAAACUAAACCUAAUUUAUUAAAAUGUUUAAUUAAUGAUAAUGAAAGACAAUUAUAUUCAUUAUUAUCAAAUAAAAAAUUAUCAAUUUAUUCAAAUAAUCUUAAAUUAAUUCGUGAUCAAGCGAUGUUAAUAUCGAAUCAACAAGAUUUAAUUAUACUUCUAUUAAGUAUAACACUUUUCUUCUCUAGUACAAUUCUAUUAUGGUUUAAUAUUGAAAUAAAAUCGUUUUUAUCAAUUAUUAUAUUAAUUCUAUUAUAUACAAUAACAAGAAAACUUUUGAUUAGUUUGUCUAUUUAUGCCAUUUGUUUUUGCUUCAUUGUUAUUCGAAUGAACAAAACAAAGCAAAUUCAUUACAAAUUAAAAUAUGAAAAUAAGAUUUCCAAUUUAUUUUUAAUAUUCUAUCCAUUAUUACAUUUGAUAUCAUUAUUUUCAAGUAGUUUCAUUGAAGAAGAACAUCAAAUUUGGUAUUAUUUUUUAUCAACCUAUUUAUUAUUAAAAACGAUUGAAACAAAAUCUUUUAAAAUUCUAAUUAUAUUUAUUUUAUCUCGUUUCAUACGUUCAUGGAAUCAAACAGGAAAUAAAUGGUUAAAUUUAAAAGAUGUUGGUGAUUUUCUUAAUCAAAGUGAAAAUGGAAAUAUAUUAAUUUUAGUUCAUGUAAUAUCAUCAAUUAUAUUCAUUUAUCUAGUAAAUAAACCUCGACAAUAUUCGAUAUCAUAUUUAUUACCAUUAAUUGUUAUUAUUUAUCGAUGGAAUUUAAUCGGUGAUUUAUCAAGUUUAACACCAUUACUGUAUUAUGCAUUAAUAGCUCUAUUGAUGAUUGUCAAUCGAUUUUCAUUGGAAACAUUUUUAUUCAGUUUAUUAUAUAUAUUAUGUCGUUCACAUAAUUCUGUUAUAAUUAUUGUUCAUAUGAUAUCUUAUCGAUUUAUCAAUGAAAAUGACGCUCGUGUUUUAUUUUUAUUUAGUCAAUCAGCUUUUUAUCAUCUAGGCAAUUCAAAUUCAUUUGUAACAAUUGAUAUUUCAUCUGGUUUUGUUGGUAUUCCAAUUUAUAUUCCAAUAAUUCACGGAAUAUUUAUUUAUUUAUCAACAUAUGGUUUGUCAAUAAUUUGGCUAUUAAAAUUAUCGAAAAACGAACAAAUCAUCUAUUUAAUUCAAAUGACAUUGAUAAAUUGUAUAUUUUCAUUGUGUAUUUUUAUUCAACGUUAUCAUCUAUUUAUUUGGACUGUUUUUGCACCGAAACUUGUUUAUUUAUGUGCUCAAACAGCUUUUCAUUUAUUUCUUUUUUUUAUGAUAAAAUAA